UUGGUUUGUCUACAACAACGAGAAAAAAAUGCACGGUUCAACUUCUCACACUCGAUUCUCUUUCAAGUGUUUAUCAAAUUCAGCUUCACUACUCACUAUCAGAAACCCUAAUCCUUGUGAAGAACUAUCUCUCCCUCUGGAAAAUGCCAGAAAGCUUCGAGAUUUUUCUACGGCAUGAACACUAGUAGAAAAUUCGCUAUCUGGGUAAGUUGAUUACAAAUGAUUUCUAUGCGUAAAGAUUGCUGGACACAAAUUUACUCUAAAAUCUAUUUUAUCAAUAAUCCAUGUUUCUCUUAUAACUCCAAAGGCUCAUCUAAUUUUGCAUUUCCAUUUUUGACCUCUCUGAACCAUUAUUCUGUUAAUUCUUGUCUAUUUAAAUCCAGUAUCAAUUCAUUCAAGUUUGUGAAUAUUUUAUCUCAAAACCGAAUAGGUCCUGUUUCUAUUUUGCCUUCAAAUGCAAAACUUCAAGGCUUUUUUGGUGGGUUUUUGUUUUCCUUUUACUCAACUAGAGUACCUUCAAGGUCAUUAAGAAGGAGGCAAAGUAAAAGAUUAAAAGCAAGUAGGAAGCCCAUUCUUGAUGAAACUAAGUUUCAAGAAGCAAUUGCUAAACUCCCACCAAGAUUCAAUAAUGACGAACUGUGUUAUGUCUUAACACUUGAAGAAGAUACUUUAGUAUGUUUUGAGAUAUUUAAUUGGGCAUCACAGCAGCAUAGGUUUAGGCAUGAUACAUCCACUUAUCAUAUUAUUAUAAAGAAGCUUGGUGUUGCUAAAAUGUAUCAAGAAAUGGAUGAUGUUGUAAAUCAAGUGCUUGCUAUUCCUCAUAUUGGUAAUGAGGCUUUGUAUAAUACAAUUAUCUAUUUUUUCACUGAAGCUAGGAAGUUGACCAGAGCAGUGAAUAUAUUUAACCACAUGAAAAAUGGUCGUAACUUGGAAUGCAGGCCAUCGAUUCGAACUUAUAACAUUCUUUUCACAGCAAUGUUGAGUAGGGGGAAAAAUUCUUAUAUAAAUUAUGUAUAUAUGGAGACUAUUAGAUGUUUGUUUAAGCAGAUGGUCAAUGAUGGAAUUGAGCCUGAUAUUUACUCAUUGAAUUCUAUGAUAAAAGGGUAUGUUCUUUCACUUCAUGUUAAUGAUGCUCUGAGAAUAUUCCAUCAAAUGGGUGUGGUAUAUCAAUGCUUGCCCAAUUCAUUCUCUUAUGAUUAUUUGAUCCAUGGGUUAUGUGCUCAAGGUCGAACGAAUAAUGCUCUGGAAUUGUGCGAUGAGAUGAAGAGAAAAGGGUUUGUUCCAAGUAGUAAGUCAUAUAAUUCGCUUGUUAAUGCUUUGGCUCUUAUCGGAGAAGUUGAGGAAGCAGUAAAUUAUUUAUGGGAGAUGAUUGAGAAACAAAAAUUGCCUGAUUUCAUCACAUAUCGAACAGUGUUGGAUGAGAUGUGCAGGCAAGGAAAGCUUGGGGAGGCUAGGAACUUGUUGAAGGAGUGGGAAGAGAAACACUUUGUGGAUGGACCUACGUACAGGAAACUACUAUACGUGCUUGAAGAUGAUUUUGGAAAUUCAAAUGACAGAAAAUGAAUCAGGUUGCUUAAUGGGCGCUCCAUUGUCUGAUUUGUGACGUGGCGGACAACUCUAACUUUCAAUAAGAAUUGCACAACCUAGCCAGAUUGGAACUGGGUGCUCCCAAAUGCUUAAUUGACAUUCUUCUACACUGCUGUAAAGUUUGCUGUGAUCUUACCAAGAUGAUAAGUAAUUUGUCAAGGAGCCGAAGACAUGAAACCCAAUUUCUUGAAGACCGAUGAUGAUGGGUCCUCAAGAUGAUUCCCACCAAGCUCACUACUGGGGUGACUGUCCAUGUAGGGGACAUGCACCAUGCUCUGAAGAAUAUAACCAGUGAAAAUCACUACGUGGGGUAGAAGGUGGAUUUUGUUUCAACUAUGGCCCCAGGUUCUGUUGCAUCUUGUUGCCAUUACAGUAUAGUGAAUGUAGUUUGGCUAACGUGGUAGUUUGGCGCACCUUAUGGUCCUAUAGCUUUUGGCUUUAUGGAAGCUCUAUUUACCUAGUUUUGGAUUUUAUAAAGUUGAGAUGUGUUAUGUAGCAGAUGGCCGAGGAGUUAUUCUCAGUCAUGUUAAACUUGAAGAUUUUGAGCAUUUAGUUUCGUAUGGUGAAUUCUGAUGGUGGAUUCCUGUGUCUAAAAUAAAUAUUGUUUUUAGUCUUGUUGUAGUCAUCGGGUUUUAUCUACUCUGGAUGGAAGUAUAUAAAAUCUGAACUACAAAUUCAUAGCUUUUCUGAAUGCAAUAACUUUCACAUUGUGCUCGA